GUCGUCAGGACAGAUCUCCUGCUCCACCUUUACAAUGUUCGUACGAUUCGACUAUUGGGGGAAAACGUGAUCAUCAAAAUCAAACAGCUGAACGUGUCGAUCAUUUCCAAAUACAACUGGCAACGAACAGAAGAGCAACAACAUACAAGAGGAUCCUUUUUCAAUAUGAUCGCUGCAUUCGGUGCUGCAAAGAAAGUCUAGAAGGUAUGGAUGCAUCAUGACUACAGGAUCCCAAAUUUAAUAUAAUGAGUAAACGCGAAAUCGCGCUCUCACUAGAUGUCGAUUGUUUUUCGUUUCAGGUGGAAAGGAGUAUCCUGAAUUAAGAGGGCGGAGUAGUAGUACAGUAAAGAUUAACAACUAGAGCUCGACGCACUCACUCGACGUCGCCACUUUUUGUUCAUCAAAAUCUAAAAAUGUCGAUACGUGAUUCCGCUCGAGGGUUUGCCCUCUCGGUGGUCCAGUAUGGACAAUCUUGGUGGUUUCCCUUCCUGAUCUGCGUUGUUUCCAUCACAAACAGCCUCACCGCGGGCGCCCUGAUCUGGUGCGUUGGUGUGAUGCAGGGGACGCUCUACUCCACGUUCCUCUUGUCGAACCCGGGGUUGAAGGGAAUCUUGAUCGGUCCCAUGACGCUCUGCACGGGCAGCACGGUCGCGGCGUAUACCUACAUGUCGCUGAUGAAGUCCGGGGGCGCCGAGUAUGUGUUGGAAAAGACCGGACUGAUGGGGUCGGACUGGAUCGAAACCGCUGCGGACUACGGGCAAAAGUACGGCAUGUUUGGUCUUUUUCUCAUCCAAGUGUCCCCCGCACCGGUGCCCACCGCGAUCCUGGUGAUCACUGGAAUGCUCUCCGGGAUUCCCGAGUGGCAGAUCUACGGUGUGGUCACCGGUGCAAAGUACUGCCAGCUCGUUCUCGGUGCAACGCUGAUGCAGUACACUCUUCUACAGGAUGGCAAAUCACUCGACGAGGUGCUGGACGAGCACGUGUUCGGCAACAAGCCAAAGACAGAAAUAGAAAUGAGGGGAAAAGCAGACGGUGACGAAGAAACGACGACCGCUGAGGAGCAGAACGGCGGCACGGCGCGGCAGCGCGGACGUGGCCGGGCUGCGCGGAAAUGAACGCCGAGCCGACCGUUUGUAGUCUAGCACUCUACUUAGUUGUAUAUGGUUGCCUGCCUCGCCGUUUAAGUCUUUUUUGAUUAGCCCCGACCACAUUGUAGGAGCAGGACACAAGUGAAAAUAGCCCGAUCAAACCAGAACAUGCGCUAUUGACCCUUCCAAGAAAACCCGGAGCUCUCUCCCUAUAAUAUGUGACACGCCCACCACGAUGUAGUUGAAGUUGAUUUACCCCGCCAAGGUCGAAGUAUCUUCUCGAAGCGCACGAAAAAAUGUGACUGGUGCACGUGCUGCAGCACUAUGAGUGUACUGAUCCUCUGGGAGGGCCGAUGAAUGAGUAGUUAUCAAUCUGAUCGUGCUGGAACCCCGUCGAAAAUAACAUUGACAGCACAGCUACAGGAU